AUGACUUUUAUUGUGAAACUUCAUAGACAUUUUCAACGAACAGUUAUAUUGCUGGCCACUUUUUGUAUGGUGAGCAUUGUCAUUUCAGCAUACUAUUUGUACAGCGGCUACAAACAGGAAAAUGAGCUUUCGGAGAUGUCUUCAGAGGCGGAAUGUGUAGACCUUCCAGUGCUGCCUCUCAACAAAUUAGCGCAGUGGAAGACAGUUAAGUCCAGUGACCCUACUCGGACUGAUCCUGUGGUGCUGGUGUUUGUGGAAAGCCAGUACUCAACACUUGGUCAAGAUAUAAUAAUGAUUUUAGAGUCCAGCAGAUUCCAGUAUCAUAUAGAGAUUGCUUCUGGAAAAGGCGACCUUCCUGUGCUUAUAGAUAAAAACAAAGGCAAAUACAUUCUUGUUAUAUAUGAAAAUAUUUUUAAAUAUGUUAAUAUGGAUUCCUGGAAUCGAGGCCUUCUAGAUAAAUACUGUGGAGAAUUUGGUGUAGGUGUGAUUGGAUUCCAUAAGAGUAGUGAGAACACUUUGCAGACUUCUCAGUUAAAAGGUUUUCCUUUCCAUAUCCAUGGCAAUGUGGGUAUCAAGGACUGUUGCAUCAAUCCUCAUUCUCCACUUCUCCAUGUGACUAAACCAUCUAAGUUUGAUAAAGGUCCUUUGCCUGGAAAUGACUGGACAGUCUUUCACAUAAAUCAUUCAGCCUACCAACCUGUUAUAUUGGCAAAAGUAAAAGCUCCUGAAAAUCUCUCUCCGCCUAUCAUUAAAGGUGCUCUCCUUUCAACCGUAGUUCAUGACAUGGGAAUUCAUGAUGGGAUUCAACGUAUUCUUUUUGGCAAUAAUUUGAACUUCUGGCUGCACAAACUCAUCUUUAUAGAUGCUGUUUGCUUCCUGUCUGGAAACAGACUUACAUUGUCCUUGGAUAGAUAUAUUCUUGUUGACAUAGAUGACAUCUUUGUUGGAAAGGAGGGAACAAGGAUGAAGGCCAAUGAUGUUCAGGCUCUGCUUGAUACUCAGAACCUUCUGAGGGCUCAGAUCAAAAAUUUCACUUUCAACCUGGGCUUCUCAGGGAAAUUUUACCACACAGGAACUAUAGAAGAAGAUGAAGGUGAUGAUUUAUUAUUGGGCUCUGUGGAUGAAUUCUGGUGGUUUCCUCAUAUGUGGAGCCACAUGCAGCCACAUCUCUUCCAUAAUGAGUCAUCGCUGGUGGAGCAGAUGAUUCUCAACAAAAAGUUUGCCUUAGAACAUGGUAUUCCAACUGAUAUGGGAUAUGCUGUGGCCCCUCACCAUUCUGGUGUCUACCCUGUUCAUGUUCAGCUUUAUGAUGCAUGGAAGAAAGUCUGGAAUAUCAAAAUCACCAGCACAGAAGAGUAUCCACAUUUGAAACCUGCCCGAUACAGAAGGGGCUUCAUCCAUAAAAGUAUCAUGGUUCUUCCUCGACAAACCUGUGGCCUUUUUACACAUACUAUUUUCUACAAGGAAUACCCUGGAGGCCCAAAAGAACUAAACAAGAGUAUACAGGGAGGGGAGCUUUUUUUCACGGUUGUUCUCAACCCAAUCAGUAUCUUCAUGACUCACUUGUCCAACUAUGGGAACGAUCGCUUGGGUUUGUACACAUUUGUCAAUCUGGCCAAUUUUGUUCAGAGUUGGACCAACCUGAAGCUGCAGACUCUGCCUCCUGUUCAGCUGGCUCACAAGUACUUUGAGCUGUUCCCUGAACAAAGGGACCCUCUUUGGCAGAAUCCCUGUGAUGACAAGCGGCACAGAGAUAUCUGGUCCAAAGAAAAAACUUGUGAUCGUUUACCAAAAUUCCUCGUUAUAGGACCCCAGAAAACUGGCACAACUGCUUUGUAUUUGUUCCUGAUUAUGCAUCCUUCCAUCAUUAGUAACUCCCCCAGCCCCAAAACCUUUGAGGAGGUACAGUUCUUUAAUAGAAAUAACUACCACAGGGGGAUUGAUUGGUACAUGGAAUUCUUCCCUGUGCCAUCUAAUGUCACUACUGACUUUCUCUUUGAGAAGAGUGCCAACUAUUUUCAUUCUGAGGAAGCCCCAAAGCGAGCAGCUUCUUUGAUUCCCAAGGCAAAAAUCAUUACCAUUCUCAUUGACCCAUCAGAUCGAGCAUACUCUUGGUAUCAGCAUCAACGGUCACACAAGGACCCUGCUGCUCUAAAGUUUACCUUCUAUCAAGUGAUCACUGCUGGUCAUCAUGCUUCAGCAGAGCUUAAGGCUCUCCAGAAGAAAUGUCUAAUACCUGGAUGGUACGCCACCCAUAUUGAAAGAUGGCUAGCUUACUUUCCACCUUAUCAGUUACUAAUUAUUGAUGGGCAGCAACUGAGAAAUGACCCGGCUAUCGUUAUGGACGAAGUGCAGAAGUUUCUAGGAGUUACUCCUCAUUAUAAUUACUCAGAAGCCCUAACGUUUGACUCACACAAAGGAUUCUGGUGUCAGCUUCUGGAAGAAGGAAAAACAAAAUGUCUUGGGAAAAGCAAAGGCAGAAAAUACCCUCCAAUGGAUUCUGAGUGCAGGGCUUUUCUGUCAAGCUACUACAGAGAUCACAAUGUGGAACUGUCAAAGCUCCUACACAAACUGGGACAACCCCUGCCAUCAUGGUUGAGACAGGAGCUGCAGAAAGUGAGAUAG